GUGGGCUAUGGAGGAGGAGGAGGAGUGAAUGAGUGAGAGAGAGAGGGAGAGAGAGAGGGUGAGGAGCUUGGUGGAGUCAAUACGCCUCGGUCCUCGCAGCUCAAAUGGCGUUAGCCGCGGGUUCGAGGCUCCCCUCGCUGUGGUUCCACCAGCACGGCUUGCCUGCCGGGAUGUUGCUGGACGCCACCAAAAUGGAGGAGCUGCGAUCGUCGCAGUCCCCGCCUGCGCUGGGCUCGCUCAUUGACCCGGAGCGGCCGCGCGCGCAGCUGUGCGAGGGCUGCGCUCGCCCCAUCUGCGCGCGCUUCUUCCUGCGCGUGAACGACGCCUCGUGGCACGAGGAGUGCCUCCAGUGCGCCGCCUGUGCCCAGCCGCUCGCGCGUUCCUGCUUCGCGCGCGACCGAAAGCUCUACUGCAGGCGGGACUACGAGAAGCUCUUCGUGACCAAAUGCAGCGGCUGCCUGGAGGGCAUCGCGCCCACCGAGCUGGUGAUGCGGGCACUGGAGAGCGUCUACCACCUGGGCUGCUUCUGCUGUUGCGUGUGCGACCGCCGGCUGCAGAAGGGCGACGAGUUCGUGCUGAAGGAGGGGCAGCUCUUCUGCCGCUCCGACUACGAGAAGGAGCGCGACAUGCUCAGCUCGCUCAGCCCCGCGCCUUCGGACUCGGUGAAGAGUGAGGACGAGGAGGGCGGAGUGAAGGCGAUCGGAGGGCAGAGCCACGGCAAGAACGACGACGGCAAGGAGGCGAAGCGGCCCAAGCGGCCUCGCACCAUCCUCACCACGCAGCAGCGGCGCGCGUUCAAAGCCUCCUUCGAGGUCUCCUCCAAGCCCUGCCGGAAGGUCCGGGAGACGCUGGCGGCCGAGACGGGGCUCAGCGUGCGAGUCGUUCAAGUCUGGUUCCAGAACCAGCGAGCGAAGAUGAAGAAGUUGGCUCGCCGGCAGAGUCAGCAGCAGCAGGAGCAGAGCAUGCAGCGCCUGGGGCCCGGCCGGGGCCCCGGGAGGGGCGGGCGGCGUCUCAAAGACGACGGCGAAGAGGUGUCCCGGGCAGGUCUGGACGGGUUGAUCUCUCACUACGGCCCCCUGCAGCAGCAGCAGCAGCAGCAGCUGCCUCUGGAGCAGAACGGAUUCGCUUCAGACCCCUUCUGCCAGGGCCUCACCCCCCCGCAGAUGCCCGGGGACCACAUGAACCCCUACGGCAACGAGGCGCUGUUCCACAACCUGGACGCGAACGGGGCCCUCGUGAGCAACGGGGACUGCCUCCUGGCGUCCGACGGCAGCGCCCUGCAGGCCCGGCUGGGCAACCCCAUCGACCGCCUGUACUCCAUGCAGAACUCUUACUUCGCUUCGUGAACGCCUCCUCCACGCGGACAGCCGCGUCCACGAAACCCACCGUCGGCACCACCACCAGCAGCAGCAGCACCACCCAGUUACACAUCCCUCCCCAACCACCCCCUCCAUCCAGUACACCC